AUGAACUCUCUCGCUUUGCUCGUGGCUGCCGGUGCUUUGGCAUCCGCUUCUCCUUUCCAAUCCCGACCCGCCGUCUCGACUAUCGAGCCCUCGCUCACCCAGAUUGAGCAGUCCGCGGCCACUGCUACCAGUCUGUCACCCGUGAGCAAUGUCAAGGGCAUCGCCUUCAACCGCUUCUACCAGAUAUGGUUGGAGAACAUAGACUACUCAGCGGCUGCUGGUGACCCGAACCAGAAGUUCCUUGCGUCGCAAGGCAUCACCUUGACCAACUACUUCGCCGUCACUCACCCCUCGGAGCCCAACUACUGUGCUGCCGCUGGUGGUGACACCUUCGGUAUGGACAACGAUGAUUUCAACCAGAUCCCAGAAGACGUUGCCACGGUCGCCGACCUGCUUGACACCAAGGGAAUCAGUUGGGGCGAGUAUCAGGAAGACAUCCCCUUCCCUGGCUUCCAGGGUUUCAAUUACUCCAACCAGGUCACUUUCGCCAACGACUACGUCCGCAAGCACGAUCCUUUGAUCCUGUACAAGUCGGUCACGAACAAUGCCACGCGACGAGCGUUGAUCAAGGGGUUCGAUGGCUUCCAGGACGACCUCGCGAACAAGGCUCUGCCCCAAUGGGCUUUCAUCACCCCGAACAUGACCAACGACGCCCACGACACCAACAUCACGUUUUCUUCCCAAUGGUUGCGCAACUUCAUGAACCCGCUGUUGGCGGACGAGUACUUUAUGAACGACACGUUGGUGCUCCUGACCUUCGAUGAGAACGAGUCGUACGGGAUCCAGAACAAGAUCUUCUCCAUCCUUGUCGGUGGUGCCGUCCCCGAGCACCUGAAGGGCACCACGGACGACACCUUUUACAACCACUACUCGACGAUUGCCUCGGUGUCCCAGAACUGGGGUCUCCCGUCCCUCGGCCGAUGGGACUGCCACGCCAACGUCUUCGAGCUCGUGGCCAACAAGACCGGGUACAAGAACGCCAACGUCAACACCAAGGGCCUGUUCUUCAACUCGUCGUACCCGGGCCCCGUGUCUGACGCCCAGUACGUCAAUACCUGGCCGGUCCCGACCAACGCCUCCACAUGCGCGCACGGCAAGGGUGUCUUGAAAUCCGUGGUCAGCACUAUCAAGGGCAGGGCCGCUACCAUGAACUACACCAACCCGUAUCCCUAUGAUGCCUUGACUGGGAACGAUGUGCCGCCGAGAGUUUGA